AUGGCUAAAACAAACCAAACUUCAAUUUCAGUUGUUGAACCUGAAGAUUUUGUUGAAACUGUGAAUGAAAAUGCAGUGGAUAAUCCAAUUGUCAUCCCAUCUAAAGAUGUCAUUACUACACCACCAAAUGAUGUUGGUGAUACAGGUGUUCCCAUACAUGCUGCACAAAGAAGUAUCCAAAAAAACAAAGUCAAAUCUGUUGAGAUGUGUUUGAUCGAUGCUCAGGGAAGCAAAAUUCAAGAAACCAUUUCUAGAAGAAUUGUGAAAGAUUUUGCAAAUUCUUUCAAAGAAGGUUGUGUUAGACGAUUAUCAAGAUUUGACAGUUGUCUCAAUAUUAGUGGGGGGUUCAGGUGUGCUAAGCACGAAUACAAAAUUGUGUUCAUGUCAAACACAAAUGUUGAAGCUGCAUUUGAUUUUGACAUCCCAGAUCAUGUGUUUGAAUUCACACCAUUGGCUGAAGUUACAAACUUUGUGGCCAACUUUGAUUAUUGUUUUGAUUUGAUAGGCCACAUCAUGGCAUAUAGCGAUCCAAUUGUUGAAAAUGAAAAGAAGAGGAUUUCGGUGGAGCUUGAAGAUGAAAGGGCUGACAAGCUAAAGGUUACUUUAUGGGGUGAACAUACUGAUCAAGUCACUAAAUACAUGUCUAACAAUCCCCCGUCUCCUGUGGUUCUCAUUGUUCAAUAUGUUAAGUGCAAAAAAUACUACUCAAAAGCUUCUGUUACUACUAAUCUUUUCAAUGGGAAGAUAUAUCUUGAUGAUAUGUCAAUACCCGACAUAUCAGAGUACAAAGACAGAAGUAGUGCCAAUGAAAUGAAAGCUGCAAGUAUCCAAAAAAUUUCAAUGCUUUCACACGGUUCUGGAUACACAUCUUAUGAAGAAUUCAUAAAUGGAGCAAAACUUUUGUCAUUGGGUGACAUAGAUGAUCUUGAUGAGGCAGGUUAUGUUGUGAUUUUUGGUAAGAUCACAGGCUUAGCAAAAGAGUAUGAAUGGUCAUACAUUGGUUGCAGAGAUUGCAACAAAAAGGUGGAGGAAAUUGAAAAAGACAAAGGCACCCGUAUUGUACCAUCAGCAAAACGAAGAAAUACCAGUGACAACAAGAAAUUUGGUCUUGAGAACAAAUGGUUUUGUGGUAAUCAUGGCCCUGUGUCUGCUGUUGGUCCAAAGUUCAAGUUACAAGUGUAUGUAAUGAAUGCUACUGGCAGCAGAAUUUUGACCCUUUGGGACAGGAUGGUCUACAAUUUUAUCAAUAAGUCUGCAGAAAAACUCCGUGAACAGGCAGGAAAAGAUUACCCUAAAGUACUAGAUGAGAUUGUUGGCAAGAAAUGUCUGUUCAGGUUGGAUGUCUCUAGAUACAAUAUCAGGAAUAGUAGUAGUGAAAUUUCUGUUGCUAGGCUUACUACUGAUGCUGAAAUGAUCAAAAAAUACAUUGAUGAUCUUUCUGAAGAUCAGACUGCAGUAUCCUGUACUGGAGAUACAGAGAUAGAGAAUUUGGCCGAUGACAUGGCUGACAGUCCUCCUCCAAAAAAUAAAAGUGCAGGAAGUUGCGGUGAAGACAGUGUCAAGUCCAAUCCCAACAAACGUUCAAUGGAAGAGGCUUAUGAUCAAUUGAUUAGUGUUCCAAUAAACAUUCGCAGAAAAGGAUUCACCCAGAUGUCAAUACCUGGUAACUGCUAUUUGUUAACAUUAGAUCAUGGUACAUCCAAACAAGCUGGAUUUCAUGGUUUUCAAGCUAUUAAAAAAUGUUUCUUUAAUGGUAUUGAUUGGCCUUCAAAUCAAACUACAGCAAGGUGUGUUGAUGUUAAGCGCAAUCAAUGGGAGUUCAUGAUCUUGAAGGAAAAUAAUGAACCAGUAGGUUUUGAAGGUAGGAUGUGGGAGGAGUUUCACGAUUAUUAUUAUAACAGACUAAAAUGUGUGAAUGUAAUUGUUAUUUACACUGGAAAUUUGUAUUUCCAUUUAAGGCUUUUCAACAAUGAAGAUUACUGCUGCAACCUAGAUAUUGUUGAUUCAGAUACAUCUGAAGUUGACACAGUGGACUAUCUAUGCAGCAAUGGUGAUCCUAACACAUUUUCUGCAGUCAUGACUGACACUGUAAUCCAACAUGGCAGAUUGGAGAUACCCUGGCAUAUAGUACGCCGAUUGAAGUUAGAUGACUACACAAAUGCUAUUUUAUACUAUGAUGGAGUUCCAGUAAUUAACAUGUAUCAUCCACAUCGAUUUGUUGUUGAAGGUGAUAUAAAGUACAUGGUGGAUUUGAAGAAAAUACCUUCAGAAAAGUUCAUAAUGGUAAAUUCUUCUGCAAAAGAAGCAAGAUUGUUCAGGAAAGAUUUAUUAAAAGCAAAAAGGUUGUCGCUUCAGUCACGCAGAAGAAAUAAGCAAACAGUGGUGAUUUCUACAGUUCAAAUCACUGAUGCUGUCACUGGUAAGGAUGCGAGAUUUACUAGGAAUCAGAUUUUGAAAGGUCAGUUAGAUGGAGGUAUGCAUUCAGAUACGGAACUGUUAACAACUCCAGAUCCAACAGGAAGGAAAUAA